AUGCCUCCAGACCGCAACCACCAUGGCAGCCGCAACCACCACAGCCCCCGCAACAACCACGGCAGCCGCAACUACCACCGCAGCCGCUACCACCACAACAGCAGCCGCAACCACCACGGCAGCCGCAACCACCACAAUGGCAGCCGCAACCACCACGGCAGCCGCAACCACCACAAUGGCAGCCGCAACCACCACGGCAGCCGCAACAACCACGGCAGCCGCAACCACACCGGCAGCCGCAACUACCACCGCAGCCGCAACCACCACAACAGCAGCCGCAACCACCACGGCAGCCGCAACCACCACAAUGGCAGCCGCAACCACCACGGCAGCCGCAACCACCACAAUGGCAGCCGCAACCACCACGGCAGCCGCAAAAACCACGGCAGCCGCAACCACACCGGCAGCCGCAACUACCACCGCAGCCGCAACCACCACGGCAGCCGCAACCACACCGGCAGCCGCAACCACCACAAUGGCAGCCGCAACCACCACCGCAGCCGCAACCACCGCCGCAGCCGCAACCACCACCGCAGCCGCAACCACCACCGCAGCAGCAACAACAGCGGCCGCAACCACAACGGCCGCUGCAACCACAACAGCAGCAGGCGCAACCACAACAGCAGCAGGCGCAACCACAACAGCAGCUGCAACCACGACAGCCGCCACAACCCCAGCAGCCGCAACCACGACAGUCGCCGCAACCACAACGAGUCCACCUGUACUGACAUCCAACAGUACGGUAGGAAGUCAAUUGAGCCCCAUCUCCAACCAAAGUUGCAGUAGUUCCCAGCUCUGUGCCUCACAGCCACAGAGCUGUGACCCAUCGGUGGCUGGACCCUGUUUCUUUGUGGGUGCCAGACGGACUGCCGGACGGAACUUUGAGUUUGGACUCUCUGGACAGUCCGAUGGCUACAUAGGCUGCACGUUGUCACCGGACAUUGCUUUGGGAGGAGGAGAUACUACUUACGUUUGCGCCAACAACAAUGGAAGGGUCGAAUUCAUCGGAACGAUCUUUCAAAACGAUCAAUUGAUUCGACAAACUCUGAAUGCAAACUCGGUGAAGGGACGCAUCGACGGGAACAGAAUCCAGUGUACGUUCGCAGCCACUAUCCCUGAUGCGACAGCCAGCAGGACGCAGACUACCUUUUCGUUAGCUCUUGUCACCGGAGCAUUCAACCCCGCCACCAACGUCCUGGGAGCUCCCGUGCCCAGAGUCCAGACCGGAAGGGUGGAGCUGGGCAACCCCAACUCCAAUAGCACCAACCUCAUCACCUCCGCCGGCGGCAGGCCAACCUACCAGGCACUGUCACAAGCUCUGCUCAUCAUCCUAGGGACCAUGGGUCUGACCUUGCUAUAAAGCAGCUUUAAGAAGUUCCAAAAGUAGUAAAAACCUACAUUACAUAUAUUAACUACAUCAAAAAUAUAUGAACAAUUCGUAAAAUACUUUGUAUUUUUCAAUCCUCAGUUCAUUAAUGGAAGGAUAUUGUUAAUUAAAGGCCCAUGACGAUGCCUAGAAAUUAGACUUAAAGAAGGAGCUAUUUAUUUUUCUAACAAUUUUGUCCU